CGGAUUUACCGUCUCAGCACCUAAGGAAAGCAUGAACACAGAUGGAAUUCACAUCGGUCGUUCAACUGGGAUCAACAUCACUGCCACAACCAUCGGAACUGGGGAUGAUUGUAUUUCGAUCGGUGACGGUACCAAGGACCUCACCGUGACCAACGUUACUUGCAGGCCAGGCCACGACAUAGCCAUCGGGAGCCUUGGAAGGUACCCAGAGGAAGAACCUGUGUCCGGCAUCAAUAUUCAGAAAUGCACCUUGACUGAUACAACGAAUGGUGUGAGGAUCAAAACAUGGCCUGCUUCCCCAAAAGAUAGCACUGCCUCGGAUAUUCACUUUGAGGAUAUUACCAUGGUUAAUGUUGGUAACCCUAUCCUCAUUGACAAAGAGUACUGCCCAUGGAACGAAUGCAAAAAAGGGGUUCCUUCCAAAGUUAAGAUCAGCAAUGUUAGCUUCAAGAACAUCAAGGGCACAUGUACCGACCCAGUUGCUGUGAAGCUUGCAUGCAGCCCAGGCCUGCCAUGUGAGAAUGUGGAAUUAAGUGACAUUGAUCUCAAGUACACUUGA